UGGCUGCCGCCACGUGAAAUUGUUGAUAUUUUCAGCCCGUAGUUUUUCUCCUGUAAUGGAUCAACCAGAUGAUUUAGCAGACAGACUAGCGGCGCUGUCGUUUGAACACUAUGUAAAAAGGCUGCCAAAGAAAGGAAAGCCUGUGGAGGGGAGGGAAUGGAGCCUCAUGGCGGCUGUACUCAAACAAGAUAAGGAUGGGAGUCUGGAGGUGGUUGCCAUGGGAACAGGAUCCAAGUGUAUAGGACGGAGCAAGAUGAGACUGGAAGGGGAUGUCAUCCAUGACAACCAUGCAGAGGUCAUUGCCAGAAGAGCAUUUCUCAGGUACAACAUUACUCAUUAGAGCUCUGCUCAACUCUUAAAUAUGUUGCAUAUAUAUCAUAAAGUGUUCAACACACCAGGCUGUACAUGUAUCUUCACAUUUUCUCCACUAGAAAACAUAUACAUAUAAUAUGUUGCAGGUGGGGAUGCUUCUAUUUUCCCCAAAGGGGGCAAGUCUGAAGAAACAAUUGACCAUGGUUUUGUGGUACAGCCUGAGACAGCUCCUCAGACUUCAGGGGACACCUCACAGCUAGGAACACAGAAGAGAAAAGCAGAGUACAUCAGCGAUGAAGAUGAACAAAAGGCUUCGAAGAAGCCAUUGACUGACAAGGAAUACGUUGGUUAUGAGGAAUACCAACAGAUGUCUCAGGAUGCUUGUUUGCAGGGAAAAGAGUCCAACAGAACAAGCAACAUCCAUGAUAAAAAGUUGGAUGAAGAAAUUAAGAAUGAAAGUAUUCAAAAGGAAAUAAACAAAGAAGAUGCAGUAGUUGUAUGUGAAAAGAAAGAGAAAACUUCUGAGCCAGACAUUCACAGAACAGGUGCAAAGUGUGUACCAGGGGGGCUGCAGGACCCCCUGCAGAGCGGACUGGACUACCACAAAGUGGGGGUGCUCAGGACGAAGCCAGGGAGGGGAGAACGCACCCUGUCCAUGUCCUGUAGUGACAAGUUGGCCAGAUGGAACGUUCUGGGCUGUCAAGGGGCACUGCUAAGCCACUUCAUGACAGAACCCUUGUAUUUCUCUACUAUUGCUGUAGGAAGGUGCCCUUACAAUGGAGAUGCCAUGUUCAGAGCAAUGGUGAAGAGAUGUGCUUGUAUCCAGGACCUGCCACAUGCCUAUAAACUGCACCAGCCCAGAUGUGUGCAGUCAAGUAUACAGUUCUGCCACCACAGAGAAGCUGUGUUAAAACACAGUUCUACUCCUGACAAGAUCAUGCCAGCUCCUGCAGCCAUCAUGUGGGCUGCCUUCCCGGGUAGGUGCACAGAUGUGAGUGUGAACGGGUACAGACAGGGAACUACCAGGAAGACAAUGGGCAGUCCACAGGCAAGGGUGUUUACCUGCAGAAAGGAGCUUUUUGAGACCUUCAAAGAGCUUCUCAACAGUUUGCCAGUAGACAGCAGACCUGCAACGUUAAGGUCUGAAGAGCUGUCCACUUACAGAGACUACAAAACAGCUGCAGUGGAUCAUUGCAAAGCAAGGACCUGCUUCUUAGAUGUCUUUAAGACAUGGAUUGUGUCUCCUGGCAAAUACUCAGACUUCAAGUGACAGUCCAUGAAUGAAAAGGCCUCAGUCCAAUCCAGAUAAAACCCCUGGUUCCGGGUCGGGGUUCGAACCCACAACCAAACCCAGGCACCAGUCCACAUGCCGACGCUCUAACCACU